CUAAACUGGAUUCCUGAUUAGGAAAAAUAUAGAGAUAAUUCUUGAUAAUGAAAAAAGUAAGAAACUGGAAUGACGAGACUCAUCGCGCUAUAAAUGUUUACGAAAAAGUUCUUGGCAUCAUUGGAGUUUGGCCCUUAAAUGCGGGAGAACCGAAAUCUAUCGUACGAUGCUCCAUAGCUAUUUUAAUUCAGAUUAGUACUAUCGGCAGCCUGUCUCUGGAAGCUUAUCGGCAGUGCCUCGGUACCGAGGACAUGAUGGAGGCCUUUCUAAUGGAUCUCUCGUCUGUCGUCAGUCUAUCCAAACUACUUGUCAUCCGGCUGACUUGGCAGCACACCUACAUCUUGGUAACCUCCCUCAUUGACGACUGGUCAAUAUCCUGGGAUGCUCGACGACGGGAGGUCAUGACAAGGUACACCAACGUGGGUAGGGUGGUGUCUCUGACAAUAUUGUAUCUGGGCUACGCGUCGGGCAUGUCAUUUCUCUUCAUGGCUAUACCGUUCGACGAUCUAAUACCCUGGUUGAACGCGUCCAAAGCGAAUAAUAAUGCCACCGUGAUGCCGACGUAUUUCCUAGCGACUUAUUGCGUGUUCGGAUCGCUGUCCGGGAUUGUCCACAGCUGCGUCCUGCUGCUACAAGCGGCGCAGAUCUUCGUAAACGCCACUUCACAUUGCGGGAAUGACGGCUUCUUCUUCGGUCUCACGAUGCACCUGUGCGGACAGUUCGAAGUACUUGAGAUGGACUUCGCCGAUAUUGAAGUGGACGAGCGAGUCUGCAAGAGGAGAAUGCGAAUGUUGAUCGGCAGGCAUUGCCGCCUGAUAAAGCUGGCUGAUAGUCUCGAAUACGCUUUCAGCAUGGCCAUCUUUGCGCAGACGUUGAUGAGUAUAUUGCUGCUUUGCGUGGAAGGUAUGCAAUUGCUAAUUUCGUUGAGAUUAAAUGACAAUAUCGCGGCGAUCAAGCACAUCGUUUUGAUCUUGACGAUGCUAGUGCAACUGUACCUCUACUGCUACGCUGGCAAUCAGCUGGAAUCUAUAAGUGAAAGACUCGCGUAUAGUGUUUACGAUAGUCCAUGGUAUGAUUUUGACGUGAAGAUAAUGAAAAAUCUGCCUAUGGUGAUGCUUCGAGGAGUGAUUCCUCAUCAGAUAACGGCUGGAAAAUUCCUACCUAUGAAUUUAUUUUCCUUCAAAGAAAUCCUGAAAGCCACAGGUUCCUACCUCUCCGUUCUCAGAAUGGUGAUAGAUACGUAAAAGAAAGUAAUAUAAGAU